UCAUUGGCGCUCUGGACAGCGCUAAAUGGUCACCGGUGGCCGCUUCCUCGUCGUUAAUGGUGCUGCUUUCGCCGGCGAUGCGCCGCCGGUGACCGCUUUCCUCGAAACCUUCUCCGGCGCUUACACUACAACCCGCACACACGCCGAUGCCUCGCUUCUUCUCUUCUGGGAUCGCCACCUCGGCCGUCUCGGAGAAUCAGCACGGAUUCUCGCUGAUUCCAAGCCGGAAUUCUUCAACUCCGGCGGUAAGAGAACUAUGGCCUUCCCGUCGAGCUCCGGGCUUGAAUCCUUGGUCCACGAAUCGAUGCGGGUGGGACUUCGGCUGGCGCUGAGCGAGCGGAGCCGCGCUGGUUCGAGGGAUGAACUAGCGAUUACGGCGCUUGUCCGAGGGCGAGAAGACGAUGGGGGAAAACUCGAUGUUUACCUUCAUUUAGGGUUUUACGUUCCGCCGGCGUUCGGAAUCGGGGCGCAUCUGGCUGUUGCCGGAUCGGGGAGAGAGGUUGCUGAAGCGAAGUAUUCGGAUUGGGCUCGGAUUCGCAAGCAAUUGGAGAAGAUGAGGCCGCCUUCGGUGACGGAGCUCUUGUUGUCCAAUGAUGGAGAUCACAUUCUUGAAGGAAGUCUGACGAAUUUCUUCAUUGUGGUUCGCAAAGUGGUGAGUGCUUCUAGGGAUAGAUCUCACAUUGAUGUAGAGAGGGAUUCUAUGUUUGAGGUACAGACUGCUCCUAUAUGUGAUGGGAUACUUCCAGGAGUGAUACGUCAGUUAGUAAUUGAGGUUUGCUCGGAUAUGGGAAUCCCAGUGAAGGAAGUUGCACCAUCAUGGUCAGAACAUGAGCUUUGGGAGGAGGCAUUUGUUACAAGUAGCUUAAGGUUGGUACAGUUUGUCGAGACAAUUCAGGCUCCAACCACAUGUGAAGAUUUGCAGUCAAGAACCUGGAAGGAUGUGUCAUGGGUCCAAAAACGAUUUGAGGGUGCAGGGCUCAUCACCACCAAAAUACAGAGGGAAAUAACGAAAAGAGCCGGAGCCAGUUGCUGCCAAACAAGCAACAUUCUCUAACGACAA